GGAAUGUUUCAUGUGUCUUAGUAUACUUCGUAACUUUGUUUUAAGAUGGUAUAUGGCAAAAAUUAUGUCCAAACAAGUUUUAGUAUAAACACAAACAUUUUGUAGGGUCAAGAGGUGCUUCAUUUUUGUCGUAAACUUUCCUAAAAGCUUUAGCAUAAUAAAAGAUGAUAUUUUAAGUAUAUGUAAUCCUUAAAUUCAUCGUGCCAAUAUGGAUGCAUUCCCUUCUUCAUACUUCGUUACUUUCAGUCUAUUGAUUCUCAUAAAUGCCCCAACUUCUUUAUGCACUAAUGAUGAGCGAUACAAAAGUUGUGGCAAGGCAUUUAUGUGUGGAACCCUUAAACCUAUGAAGUACCCGUUUUGGGGAAAGGACCGUCCAAAUUACUGCGGAAAACUAGGCUACAAGCUAGACUGUGUCAACAACAGUAUUCCAGUUAUAGAAAUUAAGUCUCUAAACUAUCGAGUCCUCGAUGUUAGCUAUCAAGAUAAAACCAUCAUGCUCACACGACUAGAUUAUUGGGGAGAAAUAUGUCCUUCAAGACUCGUUAACACCACUAUCGAUUUCAUUUCAUUCAAUUACACUGCUGGCACCCGAAACCUAACUCUAGGUUACGGGUGUCAUCUGCCCUCAUCCCAGGCGCCCACUUUUGAGCAUUCUUGUACAAUAAACAAAACAAAUACCAAUGUGGUAUAUCCCUCAAGUAUUCCAUGUAACGAAAGUGUAAUUGUUCCGGUUUUUGAAAAUAAUGCAAGAGAUCUUGACCAAAACCGGACCGAUCUUGUCACUGCCCUAGACAAGGGGUUUGCUUUGCAGUGGUAUGUAGAGGGUGAAGAAUGCAAAAAUUGCAUAAAGUCAGAAGGCUCGUGUGGGAUCGACCCUAGUAGUCGUUUCAUUUGCUACUGUCGUGAUGGUCCUUCUAUAGAUGAAUGUCACAAGCAUCAAGAUACUAUAACCGAGUGA